CAUCUCUCUAUUAAAAAAAAAAAAAAUCUUGUUUGAUUUUCUUUCUCUUGUUCGAUUCUCUCUCUCUCACACACAGCUUCAACCAACAAAAAAAACUCACUUCUGCUCUUGGUCAUCACUCAAUUACGAUCCUGCCCCUCCGCUCUCCAGCUUCCCCCUCUUUCCGAAAUGCCCUUCCAUGGCCGGGUUAUGACCUUCUUUCCUCUAUAACACGACAAAAUGGAAUCGGUGGUUUCUAAUCUCUGAAACGGCUUUCGUUUCUUCGCUCAAUUUCUUCUAGAAGAUUCUGUUGCCAUUCAGUUGUUGAAGAAAUCCCAGCAAUCAAACUGUUUUGAUUGCUACAUCUAGAGAGAGUUUGGGAAUUUGAUGCCACAAAACAACCAUCUACUUUUCAUAAGUGUUGUAAAUGGAGCUGAAAGUUUCGCCACUAAAGACAGGUGGUCUUUCUCCUGCUGAAUGCAUUAGUGAUCCCGAGGAGAAGGAAGUCAGUGAUGAGGAAGAUGAUGAUCGCAACCAUAAGCAUCGUAGACGAGAGACGCGUUCUCAAUCUUUGGAGAGAGAUUCUCUGGAACCAGUUUCUACAAGGCCAUACAGGAAGCAUAACAAACACUUUGAAAAUGGGCAUCCUUUCCGGGAAAAUGAAUCUCAAGCUCGUGAAACCUGGAAAAAUUAUAACUCUGUUUCUCUUGAGAAGGACUUUGCCACAAAGUAUGAAAGAAUACGACCUGACCUAAUGUCAUUACCCCGAAUGCCUGUGGAUUUGAAUCAAAGAAUCCGGUUAAACCAAACAUUUUCUGGAGAUCCUGGUCCUAGCAGGGGAAGAGGAAGGGAGUCUGGUUCUUGGAGCCAACGUGAUUCUAGGUUCAGCUCAGUAGGCAUUGCUUCUCAAAUGGCUCACCUGGGGCCAAGCCUCUUUGCCGGGAGGGGGUUAGCAAAUGUUUCAAAUGUGCAGAGUGCAUCCUGGAAUGCUUUUGGUUUAAUGCCAAGAAUGUCAAAUGGUGGCCUGGAUACACUCCAUCCCAUUGGGUUGCAAGGAACACUCAGACCAGCAGUAAAUUCUUCAUUGAACAUGGGCAUUCCUCACCAGAGGUGUAGAGAUUUUGAGGAGCGUGGAUUUUGUUUAAGAGGGGACAUGUGUCCAUUGGAGCAUGGUGUCAAUCGCAUCGUGGUUGAAGAUGUUCAGAGCCUUUCACAGUUUAAUCUCCCUGUUUCACUUCCACGUGCCCAACUACCUGGAACAACUUCUGGACUGGGGGCUGUGCCAACAGUUGGUGCCCCUCCAGCCACAUUGAUGAAUAGCAAAGGAAUGCAUGGAAAAAGUAACAAGCCUGGAAUAGUUGAUGAUGGCUUGGGUCUGAACAGUGCGUAUACUGGUUCUGUUAGUGUGAGUGGAGGAGACUUGUAUGACCCAGAUCAGCCCCUGUGGAAUGACAAUGGUCCCGAAACUUCUAGUACACUCUUAGCACCACAUUCACCUAAAUUUGAUGAAACUGAAUCCAUGAUAAGUGUGGAUCCUUCUGAUCACAAUCAUGCCAGGUUACAUGAUGGUGCUGAUAAUGAAUGCCCAAUUAGAAGCACUGGGAUUGCUGUGGGUUUUCAAGGCAUGAAUUCUUCUGUUUGGGGUAGAAUUGGGGCUUUGAACAAUAGAUUAGAUGUGAAAGAGAAAAUCGAUUCCACAGUAAGUAUGUCAAGUUAUAAGGAGAGUGAAUCCAAGGAAGAUCAGGGCGCAUUAGACAAUGUUCAUGGUACUUCCCGUCAAGGAAAGCGCACUAAUUUUGAUGAUUGUGGCACAAAAACCAUGGAUUCACCUGCCAAGAUACAUAGCGAUACCAUGCGUCUCACGCGGAAACCAUCUCAAAAGGCACUGCGAACACUAUUUGUGAAUGGCAUUCCGCAUAAAAGCAACAAAAGAGAUGCUCUACUUUCUCAUUUUCAAAAAUUUGGAGAGGUAAUUGACAUUUAUAUUCCAUUGAACAGUGAGCGAGCAUUUAUUCAGUUUUCCAAAAGGGAAGAGGCAGAAGCUGCUCUAAGGGCACCUGAUGCUGUAAUGGGCAAUCGUUUUAUCAGACUGUGGUGGGCUAAUCGUGAUAGCAUACCUGAUGAUGCUACUUCCCGGGGUGUUCCUGCUACUUCAGGUCUACCCCACCUGUCUAUUGGUAACAGUGGAAAGGAUAAUCUUCAGUUGGCUAUUUCAAAAACUACUGUAGUCCCUACCUCUGAUACUUCCAUGCCCGCCACUGACCACCCUAAGGUCGACAUCACAAAUGGUCCAGAGGUUUCUCCUCCUAUGCAGAAGAAGCUAGAGAAUUUAGAACAAUUGAAGGAGGAACUUCGCAAGAAACAGGAGCUGCUGGAUCAGAAGCGAAAUGACUUUCGGCGUCAGUUGCACAAACUUGAGAAACAAGCUACAGGAGUCAAGGGUGAGGUAGCAACGGAGCCUGCUUCUAAGAGACAAAAAACUGGAAUAGCAUCUGAUGUUGCCAAAGCUACUACUACGAGGUCUGCUGAUCCAGGUGCCGGUGUCGCAUCACCACAUGGUGGGAUAGUGGAUAAGAACAAAAGAAUGGAGAAUAUUGUGUCUUCUAGUACCAAAACAAGUACAGUGAUGGCUCUGCAGGAGUCUGCUGGCUCAAAGCAAUCAAUUCAUCCAUUAGCACCUGUUGGGCCUCCUUUUUUGAUGAAUAAAUACAAGUUGGACAACCGACCCACAGCGUUUAAAAUUAUUUCACCUUUACCAGCUGGUUUGGCAAAUGUUGCUGCUUUGAAGGAACUCUUCUCAUCAUAUGGUUAUCUUUCUUCCGUGGAACUAGAAGAUGAGCCUGGUGAUUAUAAUGGUGAUGGCAAUGGUGAUGGAUCAGAUACAGUAAAAAGUUGUUCAGCUCGUGUGACUUUCGCAACUCGCCGAUCCGCUGAGAGAGCAUUCCUUAACGGUAAAUGUUGGCAAGGCAAGAAUUUGAAGUUUGAGUGGCUGAUGUCUAGCACUUCUAGCGUUGGAGAAAAUUCAUCUGCUCCCAAGUGUCUUGUACAUGCUGAUGUCGAGCCUGUUAAAAAACUAGCUCAUUUGGAUUCCCAGGAAGUUUCUGCAUCAGGAAAUGGAGAACCUGAAAACCCAGAGAGAAAUAAUGGUACUGGCCCAACAGAGUUGGAUAAAGCUUCGCAGUGCUGUUCAGCCUCAAUUUCAGGUGAGGUAGAGUCACCAAAAUGUGAGCCUAGUCCAAAGUCAGUAUCUCCUGAGAAAGAGUCGACAAAAACGGACCCUAGUCAAACUGCAAUGUCAGAGAAAGAGACCCCCGAAGGCAUUUUCUGUUUGACGAUGGGUUGAUCGACAGACUUGUACAGUGAGGUAAAAUGCUAAAUCUUUUGGACCCUAGUUUUCAGGAGUCUCCCUGACAUUUUGAUAUCUCAAUAGUGUUAUUUCAUGCAUGGGACCUGUGAAAAAAAAAAAAAAACGAAAAAAGAAGGGAAUUUUGAGAUUUUUUAUGCCACCUUGGAUAGUGGUUGUCUAAUCGUUAACUGGCAAAUUAUGUUGUCUUUUAGCUUAGAAUGCUUAGGACUAAGGGAUUAAAUCAAAACUUCUGUUUGGAAUUAAUUAAAUGCUUACGCAAAUGAUAUUGGGGAUCACAUUCCCAUUCAGUUGGGAUCUGUUGCUCUUGGAA